AUGUCCGAGUUCUUGUUGAUAUCUGCUCCUGGAGAGAAAAACUGUCAACAAACUUGGGACAAGAUGAAUGAAGCCACUACUCAUAACUUCCUCUCCACCAACAGUAAAUUCACCAUUCCUGACCUGAAGGUGGGAACGCUUGAUGUCCUCGUAAGCCUGUCAGGUGAGCUUGCCAAAUUGGACACUUUUUUAGAAAGUAUAGUAAAGAAGGUAGCCCAGUACAUGGCUGAUAUUUUGGAGGAUAAUCGAGAUAAAGUCCAGGAGAACCUUUUGUCCAGUGGAAGCAAACAUUUUGAUUUGACCACGUACAUAACAAGGUUCCAGUGGGAUAAAGCCAAGUAUCCAGUCCAACAGUCUAUGAAGAACAUUUCAGUAACCAUAUCUAAGCAAGUUAUUCAGAUAGACAAUGAGCUGAAAGGGAAAGCUUCAGUGUAUAAUAGCAUAAAGGGUAACCUGCAGAAUCUGGAGAGAAAGAAUUUUGCCAGUGUUGGGGGAAGUCUUUUGACAAGGAUUCUGGCAGACAUUGUAAAGAAAGAGGAUUUUGUCCUUGACUCUGAAUACUUAAUUACCUUGCUUGUAGUUGUUUUCUUUCCUCUUGUAUUAUUCAUUGUAAUAGCGAGUUACUCUGACUGGCAGAAGACAUAUGAAAUGCUCUCUGAAAUGGUAGUUCCACGAUCUUCAAUUCUGCUCUCUGAAGACCAGCAUAGUGGCCUGUUCAGCGUGACUCUCUUUAGAAAGGCCAAAGAUGACUUCAAACUUAAAGCCAAGGAAAAAAAAGUGUUCAUUGUACGUGAUUUCCAAUAUAAUGAAGAGAAGCUGAAGGCAGAUAAAGAGGAGAUUACUCAACUCUCUACAGAUAAAAAGAAGCAGCUUGGCCCUUUGGGUCGGUGGUUAAAAGUAACCUUCAGUGAAGCUUUCAUUGUGUGGAUCCAUACAAAGGCUCUGAGAGUUUUUACAGAGUCUAUAUUGAGGUAUGGUUUACCAGUCAGCUUCCAGCCCAUGGUUUUGCAGUCCAAUAAGAAGAGCAGGAAAAGGGAACUACUGCAUGAGCUCUACAAGCACCUGGACAGCAGUGACCCUGUUACUGAUGCCUCCAUUGAUAUCCCUGGUCUAAACCUGAACCAGCAGGAAUAUCCUUAUGUUUAUUACAAGAUUGACUGCAACUUUUUUGAUUUUAAAUAAAGCAGUAUCAUCAUA